AUGUCAUUGGAUACUUUUUGAUCAAACACAUAGUGUUUCCCUUCUUUAAAUGUUCGAAAAUUUUGCUGACCAUUCCAAACUAGUUUCUACAUACAUCCAUUAUGCCGCCUUCGUUGCUGCGGCUCCGGCUGACUAUCUUAAACAAAAAAACAGCACACGUCUCGCGAAGCGUUUAUUAUGGCAAACCACUUGAUCACGGAUGUUCGAUAUUGUUAAAAGCGUGCUAACUGGUGUGAAACGCAGCUCCCGAGAAAGCAUUGGUAGCUCGGUGCGUAUUUUGUUUUUCUAACGCACAAUUCAGUAAGUGGUUUGGUGUUUUGGAAAAGAUUAAGUUUUGGCGGUGCAGUAUGACUCAGGUGGAUCCAGCACAGGUCAGUUGGGUCAAGAGGUUGGUAUCCAACAUUACGAUCGAACCGGUGGUUAUAUUUUUUAUAUUCGGAGUUGUGAUCUCAACGGGGCUGAGAAUCUUCGAACUUGAGAAGGCAUGUGCAACAAAGACGAAUGUGGAUUUGAAGGUGUGCGAAUUUUUCCCGCAGUUGGAAGAUAGCAACGUGUGUGAUGAGUUGUCCAUUGAAAGUUUGAAUCAAUCAUCUGCGGUGGUGGAAACUUACAAUGCAUACAGCGUGCUUAAUGAUACGGGUCAGGUGGAAUUCAACCGUAUGGUUUGUUCUGCGAAAGCGAAUGCUGUAAAUGAGGUGACGUUUUUAAACUCCUAUAGAAGCAUCAUAACUGGAUUGGUACAAGCGGUGGUAUUGCUGUUUGCCGGUAGCUGGAGUGAUAGAGCUGGACUUAGAAAACCAUGUAUUUUAAUUCCGAUUGCGGCUGACAUCCUUAGUUUGUGUGUGCUCAUCAUUUCGGCCAUCUUCAUGCGCGAAAUACCUCUGGAGGUCACGGGAAUUCUUCCGCAACUCAUCAAUUCGUUCAGCGGAGGGACCCCGCUGGUAGUGACAGGAAUUUAUAGCUACCUCACAAUUGUGACCACCGAGUCGGAGCGAACAUUUAGAUUUGCCUGCGCGGCCGUCGUCAUUGCCAUUAUUCCUAUUCUGGCGAGCUUCUUCAGUGGCUAUAUAUUCAAAGCACUUGGAUUCAUUAAUUUGUGCCUUUUGUGCAUGGCAACGAAUUCACUUGGGCUACUCUAUGGACUGUUCGUGCUCAAGGAGCCCACCAAGGUGGAAUCUGGCACUGAUGCUGACGCCACUCACAAAACUGGAAAUGAGCCUAAUUCUUCCACUCCAGCUAUGAAGUUGUUCGACAUUACCCUUGUGACCGAUUGCGUCAAAGUGCUUACGAAAAAGCGAGGAUUCAACGUACGUACGAUACUGAUUCUUACAUUGGUCGUAUUCUUCAUUAACUUCGGCGCAGCAGGUGAUUUAGAGUCGGCUCUGAACAUUGCCAUCCUAAAGUUUAACUGGAUUUCCAAUUUGGGCACAUGGGUGGCAUAUGACCUGAUGACCACUUUACUGGGAACACUUCUGGCGAUGGGAGUGUUGAGCAAACGGUUGGGAGUUUCCGACUUUCUCAUUUGCGUGUUUUCUGUAUGCUUCACACUAAUAGCGAAGCCAAUCAUGGCCUACGCUGCUAGUUCGGUCCAACCGUAUCUGUACUAUGUAGCGACAUCAAUCGAUGUUUUCGAGGGAAGCAAAAUCGUGGCUAUUCGCAGUAUUGUUUCAAAGUUGGUCGAACAGAAUGAAAUCGGAAAAAUGCUCUCCUUGCUAGGGAUUGUUGACUCUGCACAGGCUGUGAUAUACCCAACUAUUUACAGUGCAGUGUUUCUGAAAAGUCAGGACGUUUUUAUAGGCUCCGUAUUUCUAUUGAGCGAAGCCUUCCUACUGGUUUCACUUGGUUUCUACUUGGCUCUGUACUUCAUGUCGAGGAAGUGCAAUAUCAAAAGGAACACGCACAGGAGCGAGGGAGUUGAUAAUGCUGCGAUGGAAAUAACUUCUAUGUGAUAAUUUCGAUCUAAAAUACUUAGAAGAUAAGUUUUAUACUAGAUUUGGCCAGAAAUAUAAACUUGAAAAAAUGA